UUCUCCCGCACCACCCCGGCAUAAAAUCCCGACCGCACAUGUCCCGUACUCUACCCUACAUGACUUUUUCGCCACCCGAGUGGGGGGGAUUUCCCCCUCAUCCCCUCCCUUCUAGAACACGCAGAAAUCCGGUACUUUCCCGCUCUUUUCCUGCAUAUGUGAAACAAUGGCCAUUCUUCAAUUCCGGUAUUUAUUCUCUAGGCAAUUCGACAAUGAAUUUUUGCUGGGUAAUCUUACCGUCGAAAAUUGGGGGCUAGCUUUUGGAGGGACUGGUGUAAAAGGGCUCCUUGCAAUAUACACGCAGCUCCCAUACCUACGCUCGAAGAUCACUGCAGGACACAGGUAACCAU